GGCGGCAGCGGUGGCGGCGGCGGCGGUGGCGCUGGCAGUGAUAACCGCGGCGGCCGACAGACUACGAUGCGCCCGGCUCCCGGCCGCAGGCAACAAGUGCCCCGUCAAGUCCGACCCUGAAUCCAGAUCCCACGCGUAUUGCUGUUGCUGCUGCUAGAACACCCUAACGUUAGCACAAUAUUAUUUAGAAAAAUGAGCGUCGACUGCGUUUACACCAGUGCAGUGACGUUGCUGCUGUGUUGUUCGGCCGUCCUGGGCCGGCCGUCGUCCAAUGGUGGAGCGGACGGUGGUGGCGGCGGCGGUGGCGGUGGAGGUGCCGGAGCCGGUGGUGGCGGUGGAGGCGGUGGCGGUGGUGGCGGUGGGUCGGCUGUGGACGAUACCGACGAGAGCCCGGUGGUGGUGACCAGCUCCGGCAUGGUGCAGGGCUACACGAAGAUCAUUGCGAACCGCGAGGUGCGGGUGUACACGGGCAUACCGUUCGCCAAGCCACCGGUGGGCCCCCUAAGGUUCCGGCGCCCGGUGCCCGUGGACCCGUGGACGGGAGUGCUGAACGCCACCAGGCUGCCGAACACGUGCUACCAGGAGCGGUACGAGUAUUUCCCCGGGUUCGUUGGCGAGGAGAUGUGGAACCCGAACACCAAGCUCUCCGAGGACUGCCUGUACCUGAACAUCUGGAUACCGAAGAAACAACGCACCAGGCACCAUUCGAACAACGCGCAUCACGCCAAGAUACCGGUACUGGUAUGGAUAUACGGCGGUGGUUACAUGUCCGGUACUUCGACAUUAGACAUCUACGACGGCGAUCUGCUGGCGGCCACUUUCGACGUGAUGAUCGCCUCCAUGCAGUACAGGCUCGGGGCAUUCGGUUCGUUGUAUUUAACGCCAGAGCUGCCAGAGGAUAGCGACGACGCGCCUGGCAAUAUGGGAUUAUGGGAUCAGGCGCUGGCUAUCAAGUGGAUCAAAGAAAACGCAGCGGCUUUCGGCGCUGAUCCAGAGACAAUUACGUUGUUCGGCGAAUCGGCUGGUGGUGGAUCAGUGAGCGUGCACCUAAUUUCGCCGGAGACAAGGGGCAUGGUGAGACGUGGGAUCAUACAGUCUGGCACCGUGAACGCACCUUGGAGCUAUAUGACUGGCGAACGGGCAGUGGACAUAGCAAAGAAGUUGUUGGACGAUUGCAAUUGCAAUUCGACGUCGUUGGAUAGCAACCCGAUCGGCACCAUGUCGUGCAUGCGAUCUGUCGACGCAAGUACCAUAUCCAAAAAGCAGUGGAACAGCUAUUCCGGUAUUUUGGGUUUCCCGUCUGCGCCCACCGUGGACGGGGUUCUCCUGCCAGAACACCCGCUGGACAUGUUGGCUAAGGCGAACUUUUCGGACAUCGACAUACUCAUUGGAAGCAAUCUGAACGAAGGAACAUAUUUCUUGCUGUACGAUUUUGUCGAUUUCUUCGACCGAACGUCAGCCACCGCAUUGCCCAAGGAAAAAUUUGUGCAAAUAGUCAACGUAAUAUUCAAAGACAGAACACAACUGGAAAGAGACGCCAUUAUAUAUCAGUAUUCGGGAUGGGAAAAAAAAGAAGUGGACGACAAAUAUUCCAACCAAAAACAACUGAGCGACGUGGUUGCAGAUUAUUUCUUUGUUUGUCCAACCAACCUGUUUGCCAACAUCGUGUCAAGUCGUGGAGCUCGGGUGUACUACUAUUUCUUCACUCACAGGACAGACUCACACUUGUGGGGUGAUUGGAUGGGCGUGUUGCACGGUGACGAGAUGCAAUACGUGUUUGGCCAUCCGUUGAACAUGUCAAUGCCGUACAACGCCAGGGAAAGAGACUUGAGCAUACGAAUCAUGGAAGCAUUCACCAGAUUUUCGUUGACCGGAACACCUGUAUCAGAUGACAUAGAUUGGCCACUAUACAAUGAAUCAAACCCGAUAUAUCAUGUUUGGAAUGCUGCUGAAUUACACGUAGGAUACGGACCUAGAGCAGCUGAAUGCCAGUUUUGGAACGGAUUUUUCCCAAAAAUCGCCCAAGCCUUGAAAGAAACUACCAAAAUUACUUGUGAAGAUUAUCCAGACUCGAUGCCUACUACCAACGAAAAUUGUACGUUUACGUCAUCAUUUGCUACUAUCAAUCCGCGAAUCUCCUUCACCAUAAUAUUCAUCUUCGUUCUACCGGCACAUGGAUUGUUCUAAAUGAAAAAAUUUAAACGACAACAACUUAAACACAACAAAACAAACAAAAAAAAAACCCAUAACAAACAAAAAAACGAGAAGUUGAAAAACAUUUAACGGCCAAUAAGGGUGCUCGUGGCUCGGGACGUCGACACCGGCACCGGUUAUGUUGCAAAAUCAAAAUUUACAUAUCAGAAACGCGCAUAUCAUUAAAUACGUAGACACAACCUAAAUGGAAUCUGAAACGUGAUACAAGUGUUAGGAUCAACGAGAUUUGUCGAGUGUUAAUUAGAGUAUAUAAUAAUAAUAAUAAUAAUAAUAAUAAUAAUAAUAUUAAUUAUAUAAUAAUAUUAAUGUUAAAAAUAAUAUAAUAAUCAUAAAAAAAAUACUAACAAAUAACGAUAUAAAACGCUUGUUAUCCGUUUCAAAUAAACGCGGAAAGGACACUGUUUUCUUACGUGGGAACCCCAAAUAUAUUACCGUAUAUUAUAUUAAUAUAUAUGAUAUACAAUUAUAAUAUAACCAUAAAAGUAUAUAGUGUCUUCUAGUAAAAUUGUCAGUAUAAAUGUAUAAUAAUAUAUCAUAUAGGUAGUAUAAUAGCAGUAUAUUAAUGUAUCACAGCACGUUCUUUAAACUCAAGUCCAUUUCGUCCAAUUACACUGGGAUCACAAUAUCAACAUGCAGACAAUCUUAGCUCUUUAAUAUUGAUACUAAAAAUAUCAACUAUAAGUAAACUUUUUAAUAUAGCUCAAUUACAUUUAUAUGUACGUGUGUAAAACAGCUUGAGAAAAUUAAUCUUUUUGUACAAUCUAUAGAUAGUAUAUGUAUCGAAUCUUUUUAACGGAUCUAAAGAUAGAUUAUUUAUGAUAAUCGUUUUUUUCAUAUUUUUAUACCCAAAAAAAAAAAUAAAAUGAGAGAAAAUCAUGAACUUUUUAGAAAUGCUGUAAUAACAAUCGAAAUUUAACAUUAUCGUUUUAAUAUUAUCAAAAUCUAUAAUAAUAUAAUAAUAAUUAAUCAAAAAACUGUUGCCAAACGAGUACAAAGCCAAUGCAUUCGUGGGUCGACAUUGAACGGCUUUGCGAUUAUAUUAUGUUGCAAACCCGUUUUUAAAUUAUCAGACGAUGUUAGGGAUGUAGAUAUAGGGGUUUCAUUUUUGAACGAUACAUAAAAAAUAUUAUGUAUACUAUUUUAUUACUUUUUGAAAGAACGGCUCACUCGUCUGUUGCAUAUUAUAUAUUAUUAUAUAAGUAUAUCAUUUUUUUUUUUUUUAUAGACAGUUAAGAUCUUAUCGCCGUUGGUCAUUCUUCUAACUAAAGCUUUGUUCUAUAUAUUAACAUAUAUAAUACAUGAUAUAUAAUUAUAUAAUAAUUAGCAGCAUAUACAACAUAGAGUAAUAUAGUAUUACUCUAUGAUAUACAAGCAGUUCUCGUGCAAACAAUAUUUAUUUAGAUACAAUAAGAGGAGCAAUAUUGUUUCAUGCAUUACUAUUUAAUUAUAUCAACAAUUUUUUUUUUUAUUUCAUACCUACUACCUAUCAUAAUUCAAUAAUCGUGUACUCGUUUCCAUAAAUUUAUCGCAUCAUCCAACCAAUAUUUUGUUUUCAAAAAGAUAUAACUAUCUUAAAGAUAAUUUUUAUUAUAUCAUUGCAUCAUAAUUUCUUUAUUAUUUCGCACCAUAAACUUUAAUAAGAAUCAUCACGUGGAUUUAGAUUUUUUUAUGCUGAAAAAUAUUGUAGUUACCGCCUUUAGUUCAAGACGGUGUGAAUACUUGUAUAAUAAAUUGUAAACAAUUAAUAGUUAUGUAUCUACCUUGUUAUUCUAAAAAUAUGAUGCUUUUGGUUAUAGUCAUCAUCUGAUAAUUAAAAAAAUUGUAUUAUUUAAAAAAAUGUAAUGCUCCUCUUUUCACGCUAAUGGAAACUAACUUAAUCAUAUCAUAAUCACUGAGGUAAAACGUUAUCACAGAACUAUUUUAGUACAUUCAUUUUUGCUCAUGCAACAUAUUAUACUGUCGUUGGCUAAACAAAACACGUAUUAAACAUAAAAUAUAUUUUUAAAGAACGCGCAUUAUAUUUAAAAAAAUUAAAAAAACUAUAUUGUUAAGUAUAAAAAAAAAAUUAAAAACUUAUGGUUACCUAUCUAGAAAAUAAGUUGAAUGUUUAGCUUUAAGAGAUAGAUUUAAGCAAAGUUAUAAAAUGAUGCCUAAAAUAUUUAUUUAUAAACAAUAUUGCUAAACUAUUGCUGCGCUCUAAAAAAUGGCCUACUGUAAUUUUACAAAAGAAAAUAUUUAUAUCUGCCUGUCAAUUCCGUUACAUAUUAGCGUUUACAUAAAUAUAUAUUUAUAUUUAUAUACUUUUUUUAUAUAUAGUGGACGGGCUAAUUUUAUAAAUAUUGAUUUUCUUACGCAGACUGCACACCCACCUAUAGGCACUGUCUUGUAGCCGAUAGUUAAGGCAAAACAAAUCGUAUGUGUAUUUUAUGUCAAUUAACCAGACUGCGAUUUUAGAAAAAUAAUAAUAUAUUUAAAAAAAAAAUCCAAAAAAAAGUAUAAUAAUUAUAAAGUAACGACAUAUCAAUAUUUAUUAAUGAACAUAAAUAAUAAUAUUAAAUAUAAUUUUAACGCUUAGAAAAUAGAAUGUUUAUUUUCGUUUCGCCGCCUUCCGUUACCUAAAUAUAUUGUAAUGUCGCUCUAACGAAUACUAAACUUAAAGGACAUAAUAUAAACCAUAAAAACAUCACUGAGUGUUUGAAAUCCUACAUUAUUAAGGUUAUUAUACCUUGAUCAAUAAUAUAAUUAUAUAAAUAGGAUAAUUAUAUUAAUUAUUGUUGUUAACCUUGUAACGUCACGUCGUGUUAAACUUAGACCUAUUUUUGUACACAAUAUAACUAUUGAAUAUAUUUAUAUAGUAGAUAGUAGGUAGAUACCUAUGUAAUACUUAGUUAUUAAAAAAAUGGCCGGCUUCAUUAUACGUGAAAUAGAUAAUAAUAAUAUAACACUGUACGUCAGGUUAGGUACCAUAAUGAUAAUUCUAUUUGGUUAUUGACUUUACGUUGUAUUAAUAAUUGCAUAUUUCGAUGAUUUUCUUCAUGUUAUAAUUAUUAUCAUUAGCAAAGCAGACAGAACAAAUAUCUAUAUAUAUAUAAUAAUUUCGAAAUAUUAUGUCGGUACCUACCAUUAUCGUAUUACAUAUCAUUUAUACGUAUAAUACAUAUAUUAUAUAUAUAAUAAUAAUAUUAUAAUAAUCGUAACAUAUCAAAAACUAUUACGCAUGCAUAUCGUUAAUUUAUAGAAUUAUUCGUAUUAAUUUAUGAUAACAUUGUUUUAUGAUUUGUCUGAAACAGUUUUCGUCCGACAAACGCGUACCUCUAUUCAUCCGUGUAGAUAUGCAGAUACAUCGUAUUGAAACAAAUUGUAUUAAACGCGCGUUUGUGUUUAUAACCACAGCUGAACCAUAUAAUACCCGUCAUACGGUCGACUCUCGGUAACUCGAGCUGGUCGAGCUGGACGGAUUUAAAAAAAAAUUGGACGAGGAUCGAGAAUUUUGAAAUGGGCGAACUGGCACUGGAGACCCGUCGAUUCCGCCAAUGUAUUCUAUUUCGAUUUCGCCAGUACAGGUAUAAUAAUAUCUUUAAAACAACCCAUCGAUUCCGCCAUCUAUAUACAUUUUUAACUAUGAUGGCCAUACCGGCUACUCCUUAACUUAGUUAAUUGAUUUUAAAAUAAAUUUUAAUUUGACGAAUUUUUUUUUUUACAUAUUAGGUAUAAUACGCCAAAGGAAUAAUAUUAUAAAAUAAUAUGUUCAUUUCUAUAUUUCUAUACACUUCGGGCAACUAAUUAUGCCAUGAUGGAAUAUCAGACGUAGGUUAAAAUUUUAAAUUGUUGGAAAUAAUUUCUCACGACAAUACGCAUAAAAAUAAACAUAUCGGAAUAAUAUAACCAAAAUGUACACGUUAAUCUACAAAAUAAUAAAUCAGGUCACCUACUGAUCAUCUAAAUAUUAAAAUCAUAAUGUAUCAAUGUGAUAUUCGAUAUAAUAUAUUAUUAUAAAAUAUAAGUAAAAAUGAGAGAUGUUUUCAAUUUUAUAUAAAUUAUUUUUUAAAAAUGUUGAUUAAUUUUCAGUUUUAAGUGAUACACUUAUAAUAGGUUGCCGAUAAAACUGUUUAUACAUAAUACAUAUAUAAAACGAUUGAUGAAAGUGAAAUUUGUAAUAAAUUUUUUUCGGGAAGUUUAUAUUUUCCCCAUACUUUUCUACAGGUAUUAAAUAAAUAAUAUUGACUUCAAAUUGGCGGAAUCGAUAGGUAUCGUUUUUGAACUAUCCGUACUGGCGGAGUCCAUGGACAUUAUUUUCCCCUAAUAAAAAAAAAGCCAAAAGAUCGAUGAAAUCCCGCUGGCAUGACAUGGAGGCACGUGAUACCUACACGUAUAUUGGUAUUAUUAUAUAUUAAUGUUAUGAAGGUUAUUGGAGGCGAAUUUUAUAUCUAUCAUAGUAUCAUGACUUGUGUGCGUGAAGAAUAUCGUACCAUCAAAGUUUGAGAUGCCCAGAGUCGACUGCAGCGUAUUAUAUAUAUAUAUAUAUACACCUACCUACACCAUGUAUGUGUGCGUGUAUUAAUUAAAUGUGUCAAUCUAUAAUAAAUGUGUAUGUAUAUUGUAUGUGUAUCAAUAAAACUAUAUAAGAAAAAUCAACUACUUAUGAAUAUAAUUUAUGUUGAA